GUCUUCGCCCUUGCAUUCGCAAGCUGGCGAUUGAAGUAAAGCCUUCCGCUAGCGCUAGGCGUGAAACCUAGCCAAAGUCGACCAUUAGAGCAGCAGGUCUUCUCUAGCCGCCUCCGCCUUCUACCGAGAUGACAUCCAGUCUCCUAGACGAGCUUUUCGUCCUCAUCGAGCGAGCGACCGUAGAAGAUCUCGAAAGCCUGGACGGCGCGGACGCAGCGUGGCUUCCGAGGCUCGGAACUCUGCCGUCAGAAAUGGUCGUCCAGGAAAUCCGCCAGGCUCUGGAAGCAUCUCCCGACACUGCUGUGUUUCGGGAGCGUCUCGCCUGGCUCUACACGUGGCUCAUGCACACGCGACACGUUUCACCGUGGCUAUUGCUUCACUUCGGAGCCCCAGCGCGGCGGGUGAACCCCUUUAGGCUUAUAGAGGACCUGGCGGACGUACUCCGAUCUCUUCCUUUCGAAACUACGAUAGGCGUGUGGCGCGGCAUCGGAACGUACUACGUCUGUAUCGUUAACAACUACUCGUCUUCCACCAAUCAGGAAUGCGGAGCCAUCUUCCUGGUGCUCUGGGCAGGCCGGCCAUUCGGGGCUGCUUACGCCAGAACGUACUCCCAACUGCUGAUGCUCACUGCCGCGCUGCACGUCGCCUUGCGAUUGGAAGGCGUGGCACUCAUGCCGCAGGUGUACGCCGAUCUAGGCGCCGCUUACUCGGCCGGUCGCCAAGAUGUCACCGCUGUACUUAUGAGUCAAUCAGAUGCUGCCGCACGCAUUGUCGUACAGUUCAUCUGGCAUUUCUACCAGCUACGGCACAGUUCGGCCACGUGGGGACUAGACGGUGCCCCAUGACAAAGCGCUUCUUCGAUCUGCUCAUUCAUUGGACUACGCUGGCCCGGUGCGCGAAAGUUACGCCAAAA